AUGGGCUACGUCCUCUACAUCGCCAACAAGCGCUACUCUAGCUGGUCAAUGAGGCCUUGGGUUCUCCUGAAGGCCCUCGACAUCCCCUUUGAAGAGCGUCUGCAAACCUUUGUCGCUGGUCGUCGCCAACCGGCUUUCCUUUCCUUCUCCCCCUCCGGCAAAGUGCCCACUCUUGUCGACGGUGACACUACAGUCUGGGACUCCCUCGCCAUCGUCGAGUACAUCGCCGACUCCUACCCGGCCGCAUGGCCCCAGGACAAGGCAGCUCGCGCCUUUGCCCGCUGCGCCACCGCAGAGAUGCACUCGAGCUUCGACGCCAUCCGUGACCAGUGCUCCAUGAACGUCGCGCUGCGCAUCGAUCUCUGCGGCCCGCCUGACGCGGCCCUGCAGCGUGACCUCGACCGUCUGGAUGAGCUGUGGACGGAUGGUAUCAAGAAGUUUGGCGGUCCGUGGUUGGCGGGUAAGGAGUUCUCGGCUGCUGAUGCGUUUUUCGCGCCUCCCGCGACGAGGAUCCAGACUUUUGGGCUCAAGCUGAAGAGCCCCGAAGCGGUGGCAUAUGUUGAGAGAUUGCUGGAGCACCCUGCCGUCAAGCAGUGGAUCGAGGAGGGAAUUGCAGAGACGGCGAGGGAGCCGGAUCAUGAGGAGGAUGCCGUGAGGGGGAGGAAAAUCCUGAAGGACUUGUCUGCGCCUCAGUGA